GCCUUUCAAAUAAAUAAAAAUAGAUAAAUAUUUUCCAGUAGUCGAUUCGAAUAAGUCCUUUUACUAUUUAAUUUGUAUGUGUUGACUUUUUCGAAAAAAUCGUAAAUAUGAGAGCAAUAUAAAUUAUUAUAUGACCUUAUGUCGAAUAUAAGAAAUGCAAUAUUUUAAAAGUAGUUAUUUUAGAAAUCGAAAAACUCAUACGUACUGAUACACUUUUAUUUAAAAACAUACAUAUUUCCAAUGUAGUGCUAGAAUGUAUGCUCGAAAAUAACAUGUUAAUUGUUGUAAACCUUAGCAUCUUCAUCGAUAAGAUUUGUUGUAUUUUUUAAAGGCUUUUCUAUUAGAAUUCUGUUACGGGUACCUCUACGACACUUAAAUAUAACUUAAGUUCCAAUAUUUGUUCGUUAUAUCAAUGGAGUCCUUAAUAUUUAAAUUUAAACCAUAAAAAAAGUAUGUUUAGUGCUGAUCAGCUCCAAAAAUGUAUUUGUUUUGUAAUAGCGUUCCUUUAAACAAACAAAAAAAGUUAACAAAAAGCUCCUACAGAUCUUAUUGCGAAAAAUAAUAAACUGUGAAAAUAGCUAAUCAAAAUAAUUGUUUCAAAUCAAAAACAAAAAAUAUUAAAAAUACAUUUUAAAAAAAUAAUUGUUAUAAAAAUACUAGUACUAAAAUGUUGAAUAUUGUUUAGCGAAUAGAAAUCAAAAGCAAAAAUAUGUAGUAAAAAAUUGAAAAAUUAAAUAAAAUAGAAACAUAGACGUUUUGUUGUAAGUAGUUAAAAAAAAGAUAAUAUGUGUGCAUAUAAUAAUUUAUUGUGCAUGCAUACGCGACAAUCAAAAUCUAUCCUACUUUCAUUUCUAUAACUUUAUCGUUCUCUUUCAACGAACCUUCACCUAAAAUCCCACUUAUUCUUUAGCAAUCGAAUACAAUACUUAAAAAACAAAAUGCCCACUCAAAACUUCUAAUAUCAGCUUAAAGAUAAAUAUUUUUAAGUGCAGAUAACAGAUUCUUAGCCAUAUCGUUCAAGUUGAAAACUUUCACUAUAAAAAUAGUCUGGCUUCCAUCGUUUAGAGCAUAAGUUUAUAUCCCUUUAUAAUGUAUCGUGGUGCAAUCUUGGUAACGGUUUUGGCUUUGGGCAUUGCAAAUGCCAGCAUUUUACCAUCUCCGAGGAUUAGUUUUCCAACUGGUGACAUAAUAAAUGGCCACGAAGCAGAACCUCACUCGGCACCAUACAUUGUUUCUCUCAAGACAAGUUCUCAUUUUUGUGCUGGUUCGAUUAUAAGUGAAAAUUUGGUAGUUACAGCAGCUCAUUGUCUUGAGAACAAAAAGUUUGAUGUGAUCGCUGGGUUGCAUAAUCGACUCAAUCAAACCGGAGCUGCUGUACGUCGGGCACUCUUAAGUCAAUCCCGAAAACACGCCUUGUAUAGUGGCGGAGUUGGUCCGUAUGAUAUUGGUCUAAUCAAAAUCGACCCACCAUUCAAAUUCAACGCCACGGUUAAUAAAAUCCAGUUACCCAAGGCAGGUUCGAACCAUUCUGGAGAAGGAACUCUUUUUGGUUGGGGUCGUGUGAAGAGAGCAUCUCUGCCAAACAAUUUACAAACUGUUGAUACUCUGAUAAUUGGGUAUUCAGAAUGUAAAAAAGAUCUACCGGCGGGAGCUCCAAUCCACCCAACAAACAUUUGCUCGAAUUCAAACAAAAACAAUACCACAGGCAUAUCGGCAUGCAAUGGAGACUCCGGUGGACCACUUGUUCAAUAUGGCAAAGGGGGCAAGACACAAUUGAUUGGAAUUGUUUCGUGGGGAUAUGUUCCAUGUGGUGCCAAAAACCAGCCUUCGGUUUACACCCACACUUCAGCCCACAUCGAUUGGAUAAACAAAAAUUCAAACUUCUAAAAAAAACUUAUAAACAAUUGUUUGCACUAUUUUCAGUUCCAUGUUAUUAUGAAACAAUAAAGAAAUUAAUUAACAAAAGCGUUAAGUGGUAUUUUUCGUUCAAUGAAUAAGAAAAAAGCAAUAAGUACAUUUUAAAUCCCAAAUAAUCGAAUGUGGGCUUUUUUAUUUUUGAUGCUUUGGUGAAGUUUCUUUUCGUUAACAAAAACAUUACACACAAAACUCUAAGCUAAAUAAAAAAAAAAGUAAAUUAUCACGAAGCGUUUACAAAAAUUAUUUCUCAUCAAAGGUUAAUUGAAAAACAUUAAGAAGUUUACAUGAUUUCGAAAACUGUAGAUUUCAACGAAUGAAAAGGCUCAGCAAACGCGAUUUUGAACCAGAUGGCCUGUUUGGGUAUUAACCGUUUGAGUAGU